CACAGAGUUCAACUACAAGGUAGGAACUCUUUUUCCUUCAAGUCACUAAGAUAAUGGCAAGCAUUUAUAACAUUCCAUCACACAUAAAAGCUUGGGUCUAUUAUGAAUAUGGAAACAUAGAAGAGAUUCUCAAAUUUGAAUCUAACAUACCCAUACCAGACAUCAAGGAAGACCAAGUGCUCAUCAAGGUUGUGGCUGCAGCGCUUAAUCCUGCAGAUUAUAUGAGGGCUCUUGGGUUUUUCAAGGACACUGAUGCACCCUUACCUAUUGUUCCAGGGUUUGAUGCUGCUGGUGUGGUGGUGAGAGUGGGAAGUAAAGUGAGCAAAUUCAAGGUUGGAGAUGAAGUUUAUGGUGAUAUCAUUGAGUAUGCUUGGAAUAAUCCAAAGACCAUUGGGACUUUGGCAGAAUAUACUGCUACUGAGGAGAAAGUGUUGGCUCACAAACCCUCCAAUUUAAGCUUUAUUGAAGCAGCUAGCCUUCCUGCAGCCAUCAUCACUGCUUAUCAAGGAUUUGAUAAAAUUGAGUUUUCUGCUGGCAAAUCUAUACUUGUUCUAGGAGGUGCUGGUGGAGUUGGAUCCCUUGUUAUUCAGCUCGCCAAGCACGUUUUUGGCGCAUCUAAGGUUGCAGCCACUGCUAGUACUCCGAAACAGGAUUUGUUGAGGAGCUUAGGAGCAGACUUGGCUAUUGAUUAUACAAAGGAGAAUUUUGAAGAACUGGUAGAAAAGUUUGAUGUAGUGUAUGAUACAGUAGGAGAAAGUAAUAAGGCAUUGAAGGCUGUUAAAGAAGGGGGCAAAGUUGUGACAAUAGUACCACCGGCGACUCCACCGGCUAUAACCUUCUCUGCAGUUUCAGAUGGUGCGGUGUUGGAGAAAUUACAGCCUUACUUAGAAAGUGGAAAGGUGAAGCCAGUAUUGGAUCCUAAGGGUCCCUUUCCAUUCUCUCAGACAGUGGAAGCAUUUGCAUACUUGAAGACUAAUAGAGCCAUUGGGAAAGUAGUUCUACAUCCCAUCCCAUAAACAUAUUUAAUUAAGCAUAUAAGGAGAGAGCACAGCCUUUUAAUUAUGUAAUAUGAAUAUUGUUAGUCAAGAAUGUUUAGAUUUAGAAACAGAUUGUCCUUAUAAGGUUGUAUUGGUAAAUUUUGUCAUAUCUAGUUCAAAUGAAGGUGGUGUUAUCGUUCAGCAGAUGAGGCAGCUUCUAAAGACACAAGUGGAUUUGCAGGUCUCUUUUGUGAGUUGGAAGGCUAACAUUGCUUUAGCUGGAUUAUGAUCAAUAGAGAAUCCUCAAAUUCACAUUUUCUAUUGUAUUAAUUCCAACUCAAACUAUGUUUAAGAAAUAAAGUUUGAAGAGAAAAAUGACAAGGUAA